GUCAUAUAUGCGACGCACGUGUCCAUCAGCUGCUUAAAGGGUCGGCGCGCGGGCAACAGGUGAAAAACCAGGGAAAGAACGGCAUACACCAUGCGAGGAAAGAAACCACUAAAAAGGAACGUACCUGAUGAAGAGAGGAAUGGUACAUCAGAGCCAAAGAAAAGCAAAGUCACCCACAAGUCACAUGGAAGCAUAGGUGGCCUUGUGCUAACUCUUGGACAGGGAGAUGUUGGUCAGCUUGGUCUAGGGGAAGAUGUUAUGGAGAGAAAGAAACCAGCACUAGUUACCUUGCCAGAGAAGAUUGUGCAAGCUGUUGCAGGUGGUAUGCACACAGUGUGCCUGGGAGAAUCUGGAAAUAUUUAUACAUUUGGUUGUAACGAUGAGGGCGCUCUGGGGCGGGACACCACAGAGGAAGGAUCAGAAAUGCAGCCAGCAAAGGUUGAGCUCUCAGAAAAGGUGGUGCAGGUGUCUGCUGGGGACAGUCAUACUGCUGCUUUGACAGAAGAUGGCAAAGUGUUCAUCUUUGGAUCAUUUAGGGAUAAUAAUGGUGUUAUUGGCUUGCUGGAGCCCAUGAAAAAGAGCAUGAUCCCAGUGCAGGUGAAAAUAAACUCACAAGUGGUGAAAAUAGCAUCAGGUAAUGAUCACCUUGUGAUGUUGACAUCAGAGGGAGACCUAUAUACAUCAGGCUGUGGGGAACAGGGACAGCUGGGCAGAGUACCAGAGCGGUUUACAAACCGUGGAGGACGCAAAGGCUUAGAGCGGUUACUGAUUCCCCAGUGUAUUCACCUUAAAGAAAAAGGGUGUGGGCGAGUGUUGUUUCAGGAUGUUUUUUGUGGAGCUUACUUUACCUUUGCGGUAUCCCGGGAAGGUCAUGUUUAUGGCUUUGGACUUUCAAACUACCAUCAGCUGGGUACUAAAUCCACCCAUUCUUGUUUUGCCCCCCAAAACCUCACUGCCUUUAAAAACUCUACAAAAUCUUGGGUUGAUUUCUCUGGCGGCCAACAUCACACUGUCUGCUUAGACUCUGAGGGCAGGGCAUACAGUCUGGGCCGUGCAGAAUAUGGUCGACUUGGCCUUGGGGAGAAUGCAGAAGAGAAAAGUGAACCCACUCUAAUUCCUGACCUUUCAAAUAUAGUUUCUGUGAACUGUGGAGCUUCUGUUAGUUAUGCUGUGUCGAAGGAUGGUCAUGUGUUCUCCUGGGGCAUGGGUACCAACCUUCAGUUGGGUACCGGUGAUGAGGAUGAUGAAUGGAGCCCAAACCAGAUGGAUGGAAAGCAGCUAGAAAACAGAGAGGUGCUAACUGUGUCUAGUGGAGGUCAGCACACAGUCCUCCUUGUUAGAAAUCGAAGUUAACAGUUGGUACUGUUGAGAAUAAAAGGCAACCGGCAUGAUCAUUGGAGACAGCAGCUGAGCCACUACACCAUUGUUAUAUCCAGCUAUUUAUAACCUUCCUCAAAACAAAUUUUUAAUCGGAAAGUAAUUAUUAAAAGACCCCCACUAUGCUUUUCAGAGGCAGCUAUAAAAAAGUUUUCUCUUUAUUACCACCAUUGUUUUGUCUCUCUGCAGUAUACUUUUGUCAGUCUUAACAUCUAGAAACAAUUUUGCCCCCCCACUUUUUUUUUUUUUUUUCCCUCUUCUGAAUUUUAAUGUAAUUUUUAUUUUAAUACGUUUUUUUAUAUUCCACAAAUUUGCGGAUAAAAUCGAAUGCUCACCUGCUGAUCACCCGCUAUAUUUUUUUAAUAGAAGGCAUUUAAUGUCCCUGUACAGAUGUAUAUGAAACUGGUGUUAAUGACUUUUUCUUAUUCAUUAGCAUAUUGUCUAUUUUGCUUUCUAGGAAUAUAAAAUACUUUUAAUUUUUAGAAUAAAUAUUUUUUUCAUAAA